UGGAAGAUGUAAACAUGGCGAACGUCCUCAGGGUUGGUAGUUUACUACGUGGAAUAUUUCGAAGCAGUAGCGUUAAAAUCAGUCGUAAGCGUUGUGCUUUUCUUUCUACCACUUCGUGGCGCCAUGGAAGCUCAGAUUCGAGUUCAUCUAAACUGAACAAACGUUUGAAGGAAGAUGCAGAAGUUGUUAUCAUUGGGGGUGGUGUACUGGGCACCAGUAUUGCAUACCAUCUGGCCAAACAAGGCAUGAAGGAUGUUGUGCUCUUAGAAAAAUCAGAAUUAACAGCGGGAUCAACAUGGCAUGCUGCUGGGCUGACAACAUAUUUCAACCCUGGAAUAAAUGUCAAACAUCUUCACUAUUACAGCAUUCAGCUUUACUCAAAAUUGGAAGAAGAAACAGGGCAGAAUGUAGGAUUCCACACACCAGGCAGUUUGCGGCUGUGUACAACACCUGAACGCAUGGAUGAAGCUAAAUACCAGAUGCAGAGACAUGGAUGGCAUAAGGCUCCACAGUGGCUGGUUACUCCAGAUGAGAUUGCAGAAAUGCAUCCACUAUUAAAAAUGGAUGAUGUUUUGGGAGGCUUAUUCAAUCCUGAUGAUGGCCACAUUGAUCCUUACUCAUUGACGCAAGCCUUGGCAAUUGGAGCAAGAAAUUAUGGAGCCAGUCUUUACCUGCCAGCACCUGUGACGGGACUGAAUCACAGAACUGAUGGCUGCUGGGAUGUUCGCACUGAACAUGGAAACAUCAAAGCCAAGCAAGUGGUCAAUGCUGCAGGGUUCUGGGGUCGGGAAGUUGGUCAAAUGGCAGGACAUGAGCUUGCAAUGGCAGCCAUUCACCAUCAGUAUGUUGUCACGUCUACCAUUCCUGAAGUUGCAGCUCUUAAGCAUGAGGUACCUGUCAUCAGGGAUCUUGAAGGAUCUUACUACUGUAGACAGGAGAGGAAAGGCUUGUUAUUUGGACCAUAUGAACUUCCAGAGAAGAUGAAAUUGCAGGAUGAAUGGUGGGAUGGUGUGACACCAGGAUUUGGGAAGGAACUCUUUGAAAGUGACCUAGACAGAAUCAGUGAUAAUGUUGCUGUGGCAAUGGAACGCAUUCCAGUACUCGCAGAUGCAAAUAUUGCAAGUGUUGUGUCAGGUCCUAUAACUUACAGUCCUGAUGUCAGUGCUAUAAUUGGACCUGCAUUUGAUGUGCCUAAUAUGUGGCUGGCUGUUGGCACUGGUUAUGGCAUUAUCCAUGCAGGUGGCAUUGGUAAAUACAUUGCGGAUUGGAUGCUGGAUGGAGAGCCACCUUAUGAUUUAACUGAACUAGAUCAGGGUCGCUAUGGCAAGUGGACAUCAAAGGAGUAUGUAAUGGCUAAAACGAGGGAAUCAUAUGGCUUGAAUAACCAACUUGGUCAUCCUAAACUUGAAAGGCCUGCAGGGCGACCUGUCAGAAAGAAUGCUAUUUUUGAGCGUCUUGUAGAACGAGGUGCAGAAAUGGGAUUCCACGUGGGUUGGGAGCAGCCAAACUGGUUUGCACUGCCAGGCGAUGAGGGUGGUUACAAGCCGAGCUUUAGGAGAACAAACUGGUUUGAGCCGGUUGGACGAGAGUAUGACUUAGUUCUCAAUAAAGUUGGUAUUAUCGAUCUGACACCAUUUGGAAAGUUUGAAGUGAAAGGAAAAGAUGCUUCAAAAUUCAUGGAUAUAAUGGUUGCUAAUGUUUUACCCAAGGUCGGCUGCACCAACAUCAGCCACAUGUUAAGUCCAAGAGGCCGAGUAUAUGCUGAGCUGACUGUAUCCACCGUAUCACCUGAAGAGUAUUUCUUGUUGACAGGAAGUUCCACAGAAUUUCACGAUCUCAGAUGGUUACAAGAUUAUGCCAGGAAAGGGAAUUUUGACGUCACUAUUGAAAAUGUAACAGAUAAUAUCUCCGUGUUGGGUAUUGCAGGCCCUUACUCCCGCGGCGUCCUUUCCAAACUUACCCCCACAGAUAUGAGCCACAGCCAGUUUAAAUUCCUGACAUUUAAGGACAUGGAACUAGCUGGUCUCCCUGUACGUGCUAUGAGAAUUUCGUACUCUGGUGAACUCGGUUGGGAGUUAUACCACAAGAAUGAACACACAGCCGAGCUGUACGAAGCUCUUUUGAGAGCUGGGGAGGAGUUUGGCAUUGGAGACUUUGGUACUUAUGCCAUGACGGCGCUGAGGAUUGAGAAAGGAUUUAGGGCUUGGGGACAAGAGAUGAAUAUGGACACCACCCCUCUGGAGGCUGGCUUGGAUUAUUUCGUCAAAUUUGACAAGGGUGUGGACUUCAUUGGGCGACAAAGUUUACUUCAACACAAGGAGAAUGGAAUCGAGAAGAAACUCUGUAUGUUGACGGUUGACACAACUGAUGCGGAUCCUGAAGGAAAUGAAACUAUUUGGUUUGGAGGAAAAGUUGUUGGUAACACGACGUCUGGUUCGUACAGUUACAGACUUAAAGAGAGCAUCGCAAUGGCGUAUUUACCUCUUGAACUCACGGAACUCGGAUCCCGGGUCGAAGUGGAGCUCUUGGGAGCCAAAUGUCCCGCAACGGUAGUAAAAGAACCACUGUUCGAUACAGAACCUGUGCGCACAAGACGGCUACUAAAAGCUGCCAAAUUAACCAAAGGAAAGACUGCUAUAUAAUGUAAAGCAGACCGCAAAGCACAAUCAUCUCACCCUCCACCUCCCCCCUCCCCACCGUUAGACAGAAUCUUCUUCCUGUUCCUAGGUUCCAAAAAAAUAGCCCGUUAACGAUUGAACGGCUUUUUGUCUUCGCAACAGGAGAGUUAAAUAAUUCAGCAACACAUGCUUCUGACCAGAAGGCUUCUUAGAAGAUUUCAUCUUGACCGAAUAAAAACGGUGUGUGCCUGUUCAUUAUGCGCAACUUCUAAUGUUUAUACAUCGACACCCCAUUUCGGUUUGGAAAGAAAUUAAUCAAGCUGAAUUGUGUAGAUACUUUUUAAAGAAAUAACUGAACUUAUUAAAAACUAGAUCAUUGGAUAAUGUAAUUCUAGACUUUUUAUUGGCUU